AUGGCUUCAUUUCCGAACUCUCCUCUGAAUGCAGAAGAUCUUGAUCAUCAAGUCCCUUUAAUUCGUUUAACAGAGGGAGCUCCAGAUAGUCUUGCUUCAGACUAUAUUGAAUAUACUACAUGCUUACCUGAUUAUCCGAAGACAAGCACCCAUGGAUAUUCCUAUAUUGUUGAGAAGAAAGACUCUUUAAACGGAAAGGAUGGUAUUAAGACAAUUCUUGAUGAGGUGCAAUACUCUAAAGAUGAGAUCUCAAGGAAAAAUAUAUAUUGUGCAUUUUUAAGAGCCCCAGUGCUAAAAGUUCGAUUGAAAUGUUCAGGAGUAAAGAUAUGUGAAUAUCUAUCUUCUGAUUUGAAAUCAAUCACUCAUACAUCAUAUAAUAAUAGCAUCUGGUCUCAAAUGCGGCAAGCACAACAAGCUGUUGAUUUGACUGAGCCAGAUCAAAAUCGAAGGAACACUUACACGUUUUAUCAUUCAGUUCUGAGUCGUUUUGAAAGGCAAAAAGGAUGUCUACAACAACUUGAUACCUGUAGUCCAGGCGUUCAGUACCAUCGGGAACCAGAUGUGAACGGUGAAUUAAUACCCUUUGUUGGAUGUGUUCAUUAUCUUAACAACCCUCGAUAUCAUUUUUACCGCCGGCUUCUAGGAACUCAACUGAAUGUUGAGCUCCUAAAAGGGUUAUUUGACAAUAAUAUCAAUCCCAUGCCAGAAGAAUGUAGUAUGAUACUACAUCAAAAAACAAGGCGCCUAAAAUGUGGGAUUAACCACCCACAAGGAUCUGGAGCCUUACUUAAACUAGGCUGUGAAGUUUAUUUUUAUCUACUGCUUCCUAUUGAUCAAAAAACCUGUCCUUACUAUAUCUUUCUUUCACAAGGUGUUCAUCAACAUCCACCACCACCAUUAACCAAGACCCCAGCACGAAUCAUUCAGUGUCUUGAAAAAAUCAUUUUCAAUACCCUCACACCUGAUAUGACAACAUCCACAUUUUUGAAGUCCCCUGCUCUCCAGCAGUUCUGCCAUGAUAAUAAUGCAUUUACCUUAGCAGAUGUUCAUCAAAGUUUGAAUAACACUGAUCGGGUUACUGCUAUAAUUCAAAGACAGAAGCUUUUACAUUUUCCUGAAGGGCAGCACUAUAAUGGAGUUGCCUUUGAAAUGCAGAUCAAUCCUCAGAUCAAGGAAUAUAUUCAGGCAAAGUACCAAGAUGACAGUGAAUUUAUGUUAAUCUGUGCAUUGAAGGAGCAAUUAGAGCUCCUUUUAACACUCAAGUCAUUUGAGGUUGAUAUGUCUUAUAAGCGGCUCAAGGCUGCUAAAUUAAAUGAAGUUGUUUUUACAACUUAUUUACCAAAUCAUGGCAAAAUUAUUACCUUAGUUCGAGUGUUCACCAAUCAAGAGAGCCCAAUUGGAUACUAUCGACUCUUUAAAAGAGUCUUUCAAGUUAUUGCCAAUGUGACUGGACAAUCAGUUUGCUUCUGGCAUAUCCAUCAAGAAGGCUUUCAAGGAAUUAUUUGUGACAUGGAUAAUAAACAAACUAGUGGGCUUGGAAAGUACUUAUAUGAGCUUGAUCCUUCACGUACUACUGAAGAACAUCUUCGUAGUACUAUAGUCUUUUGCCAGGUCCACUUUCAUCGAAAUAUUGUCAAGGCUGUUGGAAAUCAUCCCAAUCAGCAGGGAGUCCGUCAAAGAAUGGCAGGUUUAUUAACCUGUAAAUGUAUGGACGACUAUUACAAAUUACUUGAUUUAUUGCAAGCACAUGAGACUGAUAAUGCUGAUAAUGUCUUCCACUGGGCACAACACAAGCGAGAUCCAGUAAUUGCAGCUGGGUUAAAUAAGCACUGCUCAUUAAUUCCAUCUGAACAUUGGGAUUUUAUCCGAAACUCAACCAAUACUGCAGAGCAAACUCAUAAUAAAUCCUAUGCCUUUGGAAGACAGCAAUUACUACUGCCUGCAGUAAAAAGUGCCUGGAUUCUUGAUAAGCGAGAUAUUCAACAGUAUCUUGGACGUGAAACCUUCAGUAUAUUUCAUGCCAAUCGGACAACUAAUAUGGAAACCCAUUAUUUGCGUCAUAUGCAACGGGAUUUCUCCCGCAAGCGACAACACUCAUUCAGUUCACCUACUAUGGAUGAUGAUAAUAUUCAAUUACCAAGCACUUCUGGUAUAAUACCACCAUCUUUAAGGAAUGAACAAUCAUCACCUUCAGUAAGACAAUCUUCAAUUCGUGAACGAUCAUGGUCAAGGCAAUCCUCAAGCCGUGGAAGAACUCCAACCCGGUCCUCUUCCUCAGCACUUCGACGGGUUGCUUCUGCAAAUAUAGAAGUUCAACAGGCUCAACUUGAUAUUGAAAAGGAAAAAGUUGAGAUUGAAAGAGAAAGAUUGAAGCUUGAACAAGAACGGGUAAAGCUUGCAAGAGAACAGGCUGAGGUUCGACAACUUGAAUUGCAGAAUUUAGAACGGGAGAGAGAAUUAUACAAAAAAUAG